UGUACAAUAUAUAUUGUGUACAUACUAAUUAUUCAUGUACCUGUGUUGUACGUUAUCAUAAAAGUCAACAGUGUGCUUAAUACUUCAUCCCAGAUCUUGUUACGAUGUCUGCCGUUUGCACUCCAUCACUGCUAUUCAGCCUCGUACUCUCAGUUUACCUGUUCUCACAAGUCUUCUCCUGUUUCAAGACAAGUUCUGGAAACAGCCUGAAUCAACGCAGGAAGGUAUUGGCUGACUUGACAAGCAAUAAGCUCACCAGAGUGCAUGAUGGGAGUUUUGGGCUGUGGUCAUACCAUGGGACUGCAUUGGAGAGCCAUGCUACUCAGACCAGGUUUAUCUACAAUGCUGACCUACUGACCAGUAAUGGCAGUCAUCAUAUUGACAUUGCGUCUACUGUUUAUCCUCACAUGGGACUUACCUCAGAUCUCAAUCCACUGUACCAGGAAUUUCUUUUGCUACAAGCCAAAACGGCAGGCAUUGAUGGAUUCCUCCUAGAGUGGGGGUACAAGACUCAUUCCAGCAAUGUGGCUCUUCAACAACUUCUUGGACUUGUCAAGAAACAUGGCGAAUUUUCUAUCGGAAUCAACUGGUGUGAUCACUGGCUGACCUCUGAACUGAAUAAAAACUCCAGUGAAGAGGUGAUACAGGCAUUCCACAGCAACCUUCAGUGCUUGGUUGAUACUGUUUUUAGUCUGGGACCUGAAGUCACCCUGUACCACGGCAACCAUCCCAUCAUAUUCAUCUUUGGAGGUGGUCUUAUGUCAAAACAAUUUAAAGCUGUACUAUCCAUGCCCCUCAGCCUCCCUGCUGGCAUGUCCACCCCUAUUUGGAUUGGUAGCUACCUCAACUUUGCAUCUAGCCCUACACUGUGGGAUGAGUGGGGUGGACUGCUCAACGGUACUUUUGGGUGGGCGCCGUUUAUUGAAAAGCCCACACCACCGGGUAUGUCUGAGUGGGACUAUUAUGGAACAUUGGAAGAUGCUGUGGAGUAUCAGAGAAAUCUCAGUAUAUUUGGCAGUGAUUGCGUCAAACAAGGUUCGUGUGUGAUGUGGUGUGGGUCGAUAUCUCCAGGGUUUGACAACAGAGGGUGUGUCGGAUGGGGGAGGAGUCUGCGCUACCUUCCUAGACUGGAUCUCCAGACACAAAAAAGGAAUACUUAUGAAGCUCAGUGGCAGUUUUACAUCAGUCUAGCCUCCUCUCCAGACGUUAUCAUUCUACCAACAAUGAAUGACUUUCCAGAAGCGACACCAAUCCUUCCCAUUGAUGGGACCUUUGACACAUUACACAGAACCCUAUCACUGUCAGCCAAAUGGAAGAAUAUUAGCUAUGACCCAUCGGGAGUGACCUUACCGGCCGGCUGGUUUAGUCUCUACAACAAGGCGUUAUUCUACCAACGGACUCCGGGGCUUAAUGUAACAACAAUUAUCAUGGUUCUAGAGAAGACAGCUUUGUUGUUGAAUAACCACAAGUACUCGAUGGCUUCCUCUUCUUUACAGUCUGUUAGGAAAGACUUACAGCAGCUUACCUCCAUGCUUAAAGUGACCAACAUGACCUUUGAUCUACCCAGUGAUGACCUUUAUCCCACGGUCAAGCCAAACAUUGUUGCAGGGUCGUAUAUGGUCACUAACACCAGUGGUCUGUACCUAGCAGUGAAUGAAACAAAAGCAGCAACUCUGAGAAGCUACAACUUUAAGGGUUUGUUGCGAUUUCAAUACAAUCUCCAACGGCAAGGAUUCUCUUCUCUGAAAGUUUACUCCUCAUCGUCUCGACAAACUGAACUAGUGAGAAGGGAACCUGUCCUAUCGAGAUACCCUAGAGGUCAUGACUCUCAUGAAUUAUUCGUUAGAUAUGGUGAAUACUCUAUGGUGUGUGACAUCAUGGCAGAAACAUCAGAUAUCUGGCGGUCAGCCGUUGUAGCAUUGCACAAGGUCAACCAGGCUUGGGACCAUAGUGCUGAACAUUCCUCUGAUGUUUACUUCGUUGCCGAUGCUCCAUUUUUAUUGCGUAACAUCUCUCUAGAAUUUCAACUCAUCUCAGUCCCCCAAAGUUGAUGAGUUUUAUUUGGUCCUUUAGCCUUUGAGAAAGACUCUGCAAGGGUCAAGUAACUAUUUUUAAAAUUGUCAAUUUAUUACAUUUGUCGAUCCUGUCAGAAAUAAUGACAAUUUGUUUCUACUGGAAAUAACAAUACUAUAUUUGGAAAGCUGAUCAUCCUUACUUGCAGCUGAGAAGCUGAAUUGCGAAGGAUGCGGAUACAACAUGUUUAAGCCACUGCAGGGUAGCAUUAAAUAGGUUUUAAAAAGCGUUUAAUUUGUCAUUUCUCCCUUUUUAUCCUCAAUCUCUUUUGUGUUCCUAUUUUAAAUAAUCAAGGUUUCUGCUGAUCUUUAAAAAGUCUUAAAUUAACCUAUGCAAUUUAACUUAAUUUUAUUUUAAAUACAGUUAUUUGGGGUCUUAACCUUUUAGCCACUAAACUGCCCAACUGCCUAAAGCGCUUCACAGUAUUAUGGGGUAGGAGGAAACCUCGCUAGCUUGUGUCUGAGAAAAAAAGUAACAUCAAAAUAAAAUUUGAUAUUCAUCAGAACGCACGAUCAAUCCAUCUAAUUGUUUGAUCAUUAUUAAUUUCCCCUUCACUGUUGACUUGUAAAAAUGAAAUAAUCCAGCUCUUACCCAACACAAAUGACAUUGUCUUUCAUUUUGACGAUAUUGCACACAACUAAUCCUUAGCAAUUAAUCAGUAUGCGCAUUGAGCCAGAUGAAGCCUUGAAAAGCUAUUGUGUUCAUUUUAACCUUCUAGAAAAAAUAAUCGCCAUACAAAUUACUGAAAGCCGUUUACGAGAUGCACUAACUUAUUGUUCCCUGGAGGGGCUUAUUAAUCCUGAACAAAUUUUAACAAGAAGGCCACAAAUUUUGCAUAAAUAAUAUUAUUUUACAACUUGAACCACGAUUCUAGUAAUUAACUGCAAAAAUCUUGAAAACUAGUUACCUUUUCAGCAAACUCUGGCGGUGCAGGGACUAGAGGGUUAAACAAAUUGGUGAAGCAUGUAUAUAAUGACUUUAAAAUCAGCUCAUAGGAAAUAACCAAAUUAUGCUGUUUGUAAAAAAGUUCCAAAGCGUGAGUCAGUGUAGCUGUUGUUUCUCCCCUGCUUUAUUCAUUUACUUAUGGUCUUACAUUUUGUUCAAGGGAAGCAUUGAAAGGGUCACAAAAAAUUAAUUUGACUCUUUAUACAGUAAUAUCACUGUAGUGUACAUAACAAAAAGUUUAUAAUUAGAGACAAACAUUUAAAUUCUUAUGUUUAUCUAAUUUAUGUAUUGCUUGUUUUUAAGUGUAUUUAUUUGUAUUAAUUACAGUUUCACUUGGUUGGCUCUCACUGAAAAUAUGUAGCAGGUCAAUUAAUUGGUGCAGCUUAAUUCAGGAUUAUACAAAGUUUUCAUUAUUUCAUUCAGUCAUAGGUGCUCUGCUGGUUAGAGCAUAACGCACUACCUUCACAACUUUUUACGAAGACAUUCUGGUUAAGUGCCUUUCUCAAGGGCAAAAGUUUCAUGACUCGGUUUCGAACCCCACUCUGCUGCUGACAACACCAGAGCUUGAGUCCUGUGAAGUAGACCCACUCCGCAACAACUCGCUACAAAAACUACAAUAUAUCAAAAGUCAAUUUGAAUGAUUUGUCAGAAUUAACAAUAGUUUUCAAAAUAGAAUCUCUAGGGUUGAAACAUCGGACCUGAUUAACGAUUUUUUUGCACAUUUAAAAUCAUGUACAAAUUAUUAUUUCUUAAAAGAAAUGUUAUAUUAAACAAAACUCAUCAGAUAUAUGUUUAAUUUAGAUGGAUAAGUUGCACCUUAAAAAGAGAAGAUUGUUAAUAAAUAAGCAAAUGAAUUGUUUAAUUAAUCUAUAAUUUUAUUA